UUUCCCUUUCGUUGUCCAGUUUCCAAUUUCUGCACUCAAUUCUUUUUUGUGUCGAUUAGUUAGCUGCUAUGGCAAUAAUAUCUGCUCUCAGUAGUAAUAUUUCAAUGCCUAAACAAGUAGUGAAACCAAAUAGAGAGGUUAUUAUUACUAAGGAACUUGGUCAUGCUAGAGUGCUCACCUUAAAUCGGCCUAACCAUUUAAAUUUUUUAGGGGAGAGAGAGGUAUUAAUGCUGGGGCAGAAAUUUGAGAAAUACGAGAAAGAUGAUGAAGCUGAAUUUGUAAUUAUCAAGGGAGCUGGUCGUACUUUCUCUGCUGGUGGAGACUUAAAAACGUUCUAUGAUCGCCGAAACAUAAGGGAUUCUUGCCUUGAAGGUACAUAUAGAAUGUAUUGGCUUUGCUACCACAUUCAUACAUACAAGAAACCACAUAUUGCUCUUGUCCAUGGAAUGGCAGUGGGUGGAGGUGCAUCCUUGAUGGUGCCAAUGAAGUUCUCUGUCGUCACUGAAAAGGCGUUUUGUUCUACUCCUGAAACAAGUCUAGGGUUUCACCCAGACUGUGGCUUCUCAUACAUGCUUUCGCGUCUUCCAGGUCGACUUGGGGAAUACUUGGGCUUAACAGGAGCAAAAUUAAGGGGUAAAGAAAUGGUAGCUGCUGGACUUGCCACUCAUUUUGUUCCUUCUCAGAAACUAUUCCAGCUAGAGAAACGCUUGGUGAGCAUAAACAGUGGUGAAGAAGAUGCUAUUAGAUCAGUCAUCAAUGAAUUUUCCACAAAUAUUGACAUAGAUGAAAGAAGUAUCUUGAAGAAGUUGUCCAUAAUCAACGAAUGUUUUUCCAAGGAUUCUGUGGAGGAGAUUGUGGAGUCACUUGAAGCUGAGGCAAGCAAAAAAGGAAAUGAUUGGAUUAUUACAACGCUUAAAAACCUAAAGAAAGCAUCUCCAACAGGAUUAAAAAUAACAUUGAGAUCGAUACGAGAAGGAAGGACACAGACACUGUUUGAAUGCUUGAGGAGAGAAUUCAGGAUUACGAUGAACAUACUACGAACUGUAAUAUCUGGUGAUUUGUAUGAGGGCAUAAGGGCUGCCAUUAUUGACAAGGAUAAGUCUCCAAAGUGGAAUCCUUCAACUCUUAACAACGUGCACGAUGAUCAGCUCGACUUGAUCUUCAAGCCAUUCGAAGAAGAUGACUUGGAACUUCAAAUUCCAGAAGAUGAUGAAUGCAGGUGGGAAGGAAAUUAUGAAAAUUCAGGUUAUUGUCGUCCAUCAACAGCUCUUGGAAGUGUUCUUGUGUAAUAAACAGCCAAGUAUAUAGUCUUGAUUCUUGUGUACUCACAGGGGCGG